AUGGUCUUCACUUCGCCGAGUUGGGUCCCUCAGUUGCCCAUAGACCCCCCAGACUCAAUCACUAUUGCUGAAUUUAUGAGCAAUGAGGAACAUGGCCGCUACCCUCUCGCCACGUCUAGGGACCCCUACACUUGCGGUCUGACUGGAAAGUCGUACACGGCUUCCGAAGUGAAGCAGCGGACCGACUUUUUGGCGAGGGCAAUUGCAAAGAAACUCGACUUUGCGCCAAACGAAGGGACCGAGUGGGAUAAGGUCAUUGGCCUCUAUUCUCUCAACACUAUUGACUACAUUCCUUUUACUCAUGCCGUCCAUCGAUUUUCAGGCAUUGUCACCCCAGCCAGUGCCGCGUACUCCGCUCCCGAGCUGGAGCAUCAGCUUCGGUCCUCUGGUGCCAAAGCUUUGUUCACUUGUAUCCCAUUAUUGGAGAAUGCGCUCAAGGCAGCCAAGGCAGUCAACAUCCCUAACGACCGUAUUUUCCUGCUGCCGAUCCCUGGCGUUACUCAAAAGACGCCGUACACUACCCUAGACGAUCUUAUCGAAGAAGGCAAGUCACUGCCAGCGUUGGAGCCUCUCAAAUGGGUCAAGGGCCAAGGCGCGCGGCAGGUUGCUUACCUGUGCUACUCCAGUGGUACUUCUGGUUUGCCUAAAGCUGUAAUGAUUUCACACCGAAACGUCAUAGCCAAUGUCAUCCAGUUUAGAACAUAUGAGUCUGUCUCCAGGAAACAACUUGGCAUUGAGACACAGGUUGGACUCGGUCUUUUGCCCUUCAGUCACAUCUACGGUCUGGUGGUUGUGGCGCAUUGCGGCACUUACCGUGGCGACGGCAUCAUUGUUCUUCCCAAAUUUGAGCUGAAGCAGUUCCUUGGUGCUGUGCAACGCUUCAAGAUCAACUGUCUCCCUGUGGUUCCGCCAAUCGUUAUCCAGAUAAUUCGCAACCAAGAGCUCUGCAGCAAAUACGAUCUCAGCAGCGUGCGCUAUAUCUAUACUGGUGCAGCACCUCUCGGUGCCGAGACAGUUGAAGAUCUUCGAAAGCAGUUUCCGACUUGGCGUGUUGGUCAGGGUUACGGUAUGACCGAAACAUGUACUGUUGUUUGCUCAACAUCUGAAAUUGACAUCGAUGUUGGAUCUUCGGGAUCCCUCAUGCCUGGCGCUCGCGGCAAGAUCGUGGACCCCACCACAGGCGCCGAGAUCACGGAGUACAAUACUCCCGGAGAGCUCCUCGUCCAAAGCCCGUCAGUCGUUCUUGGCUACCUUCACAACGAGCGCGCCAACGCUGAGACAUUCGUUUGGCACAAUGACGGCCGUUGGAUCCGCACUGGUGACGAGGUCCUUGUGCGCAAGGCGCCCUCGGGCAACGAGCACCUUGUCAUCGUUGACCGUAUCAAGGAGCUUAUCAAGGUCAAGGGUCACCAGGUCGCACCUGCUGAGCUCGAGGCGCACCUUCUCACUCAUCCUGCCGUGUCAGAUUGCGCCGUUAUUCAGGUCCCUGACGAGCGAGCCGGCGAGGUCCCCAAGGCUUACGUCGUCCGCGCUGCUUCCCAUGCCAACAAGUCAGAGGCUGAGGUUGCCGGCGAUAUUUGCAAGCACGUCGAGGAGCACAAGGCGCGACACAAAUGGCUCAAGGGCGGUGUCGAAUUUGUCGACGUCAUUCCUAAGAGUGCCAGCGGCAAGAUUCUGCGCAGGUUGCUCCGCGAUCGGGAAAGGGAUGCCAGAAAGGCCAGGGGUGCCAAGCUAUGA